AUGAAGCUUCUUAUUGUUCUUCACGUUUUCUUCUUCUUUCAUCUUCACUUCUCAAAUGGGUUUUCCGAUCUUGAUGCACUCUUGAAGCUYAAAGCUUCAAUGGUGGUGCCACCAACUGCGUCUCGGUUAGAUGAYUGGGAACCACCUCAACCUAACUCCAAUGUUCCYGAUUCACAUUGUUCGUUUUCAGGAGUUUCGUGUGAUGAAAACUCUCGUGUCACGUCGUUGAUCAUCUCAAAUGUUCCUCUCUAUGGAACCAUCCCGCCGGAGAUUGGGAUUUUAAACAAGCUUGUUWAUCUCACGCUYGUGUCUGCCARUCUCAMCGGUGAACUUCCGGUGGAGAUGUGUAAUCUCACUUCCAUCAAGUUYAUUAACCUCUCUWYYAAUUCAYUGAUUGGAGUGUUUCCYGGUGAGAUCAURACGACCAUGACGGAGCUUCAAGUGCUCGACGUUUAUAAUAAUAAUUUCACCGGGAAGUUGCCGUUGGAGUUCGUGAAGCUGAAGAAUCUGAAAAAACUUUUUCUGGGAGGUAGUUUUUUCAGCGGGGAGAUUCCGGACGUUUACUCGGAGUUUCUGAGUUUGCAGAGCCUCGGAUUGCAAGGUAACCAACUUUCCGGAAGGAUUCCGUGGAGUUUGUCAAGGUUAUCGACGCUUGAGGAGCUUUUGCUCGGAUACGACAAUAGCUAUGACGGUGGAAUUCCGCCGGAAUUUGGAUCGUUCAAAUCGUUAAAACUUCUCGAUAUUGGAGGUAGUAAUCUCACCGGUCAGAUACCGGAGAGCCUUGGGAAUUUGAAGAUGUUACACACACUAUUUCUUCAAUGCAACAAUUUCACUGGAGAAAUACCACCAACCUUGGCAGGAUUGGUCAGUUUGAAGUCACUUGAUCUCUCUAACAAUAAUCUCACCGGAGGAAUACCGGAGAGUUUCUCAGAAUUGAAGAAUUUGACGUUGUUGAAUCUGUUCCUCAACCAUCUCGCCGGUCCUCUUCCUCCGUUCAUCGGGGAUCUCCCGAAUCUGGAGGUGCUUCAGUUAUGGGAGAACAAUUUCACGUUUUCACUACCGGAGAAUCUUGGCCGGAACGGCAAGCUUCUUGAACUCGACGUCACCGGAAACCAUCUCACUGGAACAAUCCCAGAAGAUUUAUGCGAAGGAGGGAGGUUACGAUCUUUGAUUCUAAUGGAAAAUUAUUUCUYCGGGCCRCUAYCGGAAAAACUUGGUGGAUGCAAGUCCUUAGAAAAGAUUCGAAUCAUGAAGAAUUCUUUCAACGGAACCAUCCCUGCCGGCCUGUUCAACUUACCGGCACUAACCCUGCUCGAGCUUGACGACAACUAUUUCAGCAAUGAACUUCCGAUGGAAAUGUACAGCCAGUCCCUUCAACGUAUUUCAAUAUCUAACAACCAGAUCACCGGAAAUAUACCUCCAGGGAUAGRUGGUUUGGKGAAUUUAACAACYGUUUCCCUCCAAUCUAACAGUUUAGUCGGUGGAAUUCCCARAGAGAUAUUUAAYCUCAAAAAAUUGUAUAGUAUUAAUCUCAGCGACAACAAACUCACCGAUGUGAUUCCGGUUUUCAAUGGAAACUGUUCUGAGCUAAUUUCCGUUGAUUUUAGCCGGAAUGGCUUGGUCGGUGAGAUUCCUGGAGGAAUAUUGAGUUUGCCAAACUUGAAUAUCCUUAACGUCUCUCGUAACCAACUAUUUGGUGUGAUCCCGAGCAAAUUAGGUGAGAUGAAGAGCUUGACAGUUCUAGAUCUAUCAUACAAUCACUUCUCCGGCAGAGUCCCUUCCAAUGGACUACUAAAAGAUUUCAGUGAUAGCAUCUUCGCUGGAAACCCUAACCUUCGGACAUUGCACGUUGCUCAUAGCCCUGUCAAAUCGAAGUUCAAGAGUCAUUCAAUCACCAAAUCGAAACUAAUGAUCCUAAUUUUCUCCAUAAUCGCGAUCAUAUCGGUAAUCACAGUUGUAGUCACAGUUGUAUUCAUCCGAAUUAGGAAGAAUAAACGCAUCGAGAAGUCUGAAACAUGGAAACUAAUCGCGUUUCAAAGGUUAGAUUUCAAAAUCGAAGAUGUUCUUGGCUCCUUGAAAGAGGAGAACGUGAUUGGCAAAGGCGGUGCUGGGAUCGUGUACCGUGGCUCAAUGCCAAAUGGUGUCGAUGUUGCUAUCAAACGUCUGAUCACCAGAAAACAUGGAUUCGAUGCCGAGAUCCAAACGUUAGGAAGAAUCAAGCAUCGAAACAUCGUGAGAUUACUCGGACAUGCAUCAAAUCAAGAAAGCAAUAUACUCCUUUACGAGUACAUGCCUCAUGGGAGUUUAGGUGAGAUAUUGCACGGAUCCGAAGGGGUACAUUUACAAUGGGAAAAGAGGUACAAAAUUGCGGUGGAAGCCGCCAAGGGAUUGUGUUACCUCCACCACGAUUGCUCGCCGUUGAUCAUACAUCGAGACGUGAAAUCGAACAACAUUCUAUUGGAUUCGGAUUAUGAGGCUCAUGUUGCUGAUUUUGGGUUAGCCAAGUACUUGCGGGCUGGUGGUGUUUCGGAGUGCAUGUCUUGUAUUUGUGGAUCAUUCGGAUAUAUUGCACCAGAAUACACAUACACGUUAAACGUGGAUGAAAAGAGUGACGUUUAUAGCUUUGGAGUUGUACUGCUGGAACUAAUAACCGGUAAAAAGCCAGUUGGAGAGUUUGGAGAGGGGGUGAAUAUCGUAAGAUGGGUUAGAAAGAUGAUCUCAAAAAUCCCUCGGCCAUCCUAUGAGAUUGUCGUGCUAUCAGUGUUGGAUUCAAGGCUCAAGGGGUACAUACUAUCAAGCGUCAUAGAUAUGUUCAAGAUUGCGAUGAUGUGUGUGGAGGACGAGCGAAGAGCUCGACCUACCAUGAAGGAAGUCGUUUACGUGCUAACAAAACCCUCAACCGAAUCCAUCUUGCUUGCUAACACGUUGAAUGAAUAUGCUUCUGGUGGUGAAGAUGUGUUAUACCAUGGACAAACUGUUUAG